AUGAUUCCAAUUUCAACACCAACUUUCUGGGAUUCCAAUUUGAUACUGUUUCUGACAAUUGACGCAUUCUGUUUUGUUUAUGAACUUCUGAAUGACUCAAACCUUCAUGUGCAGAUCGAUGAACUUGUAGUACAAGCAUUGGAACAAAAAGUGAGGAACAAGAAAGAAAUUGAAUCUUUUGCUCACCUAUUGAACAAUAUGCAAACAUCACUAAAGCCAUGGAUUCCAAGAUUCCAGAAACUUCUUUCAACCAAUGAUACUACAAUCUCCAAGAAUCAGUUACAAACAAUUCUAGCAACAAGUAAGAAGAUAACACCUCCAUCUCCUUCUAUAAACAAACCUCUUGAAAACCAAGAAUCAUACAAACUCGAUUUCAUGGUUUCUCCUUCACCAUUAGUAUCAUGGCAUGCUGAGUGCACUCAAGAAGGUGGUAGAAGCCUUUUCAUGCUAACCCCUUUGCCUAAACCUUCAGCAUUCACAUCCAAACUAAAGAAAUCAUCCAAAUCAGUAUUCAAGAACAUAACCAAUGAUCUUCCUGUUGCCACCAGUGAAUUUUCUUCACCUGAAAAGGUGUUAAAAAGGGAGAAUGCUACUAAUAAUGAUAAUAAUUCUAUCAUUGUUUCUACUCCAUACUUAAAGAUGUCACCACCGAAGUCUUGUAUAUUACUAGAACCUGCUUCUGAACACUGCAAGAAGACUAAUGGGAGUGUUAAGAAUGGAAUCAUUGGUGGUGGAGAUUCUGAAGCUUCUUCUUCUUCUAGUAUUAGUCAAGGUUAUGGACAUUUAGGGUUGAAAUAUCCAGAGCUUUUUGGAAUUAAACAUGGGGAUAAAAUGGGAAAUUCAAGAAAAGCGGUUGAAGCAUCACCAAAUUGGUGUAUUUCACCACCUAAGACUUGUGUUUUGUUGGAGCCUAGUGAUGAUGAUAAAGUUGUGAUUAAAGAUGUUGAAAUAAACUUCCAUAAGCCUCUCGAUAAAGGAGUUGUUGAUAGUACGCCAAUGUGUAAGGAUCUUGACACAACGGUUUUAAGAGGGAAGCGUGUUGGGGAGAACACUUUAAAGAAAGAAUUGUGGAUGAGAUUUGAAGCAGCAACAGCUCAUGAGCUUCGGUUCAAAGCAUCUGUUGGUGGACAUGGACAGACUAUUACUACUACUACUAGUAGUAAUGACUGUAAAGGGUUUAUGGAGUUGUUGGAAGAGGUCUGUAGUGAUGACUGAAUGAAUCUUCCAAAUAUGUAUUCCCUUCUUAUAAACUACUUGCAAAAUUUUUUGACCAUGAAGGUUUACAAGUUGAAUCUCCCCUCGAUUUCGUG